AUUUACGCAACUUCCGGAUGGAAAUUUACUCGCGCCAAAACCGGUUCAAACUGCUUAGAGAAAAAAGCAAUUUUUAUACGCAUUCGUUUUUCUAAUAGAAGUGUAUCGUAGUGAAAUCGGUUUUUAAUCCAGAGAACAUCGAAUACAUCGUUUACAAAGUUAUGGCAGAACAUGAGCCGAUUGCUGUUUUCAAGCUAGUGCUGGUUGGUGAUGGAGGUGUUGGGAAAACAACCUUUGUGAAACGUCACCUUUCGGGUGAAUUUGAGAAAAAAUAUGUUGCCACACUUGGUGUUGAAGUUCAUCCCUUAUGUUUCUAUUCAACUAGAGGUACCAUCAAAUUUAAUGUAUGGGAUACUGCAGGUCAGGAGAAGUUUGGAGGCCUUAGAGAUGGAUACUAUAUUCAGGGCCAGUGCGCAAUAAUCAUGUUUGAUGUCACAUCUCGGGUAACUUACAAGAAUGUUCCCAACUGGCAUCGAGACUUGGUUCGGGUAUGCGAAGGCAUACCUAUUGUACUCUGUGGUAACAAAGUAGACAUUAAGGACAGGAAGGUGAAAGCCAAGACAAUAGUGUUUCACAGAAAAAAGAACCUUCAAUACUAUGACAUCAGUGCAAAGAGCAACUACAACUUUGAAAAACCUUUCUUGUGGUUGGCUAGGAAAUUAGUAGGUGACCCAAACCUGGAGUUCGUAGAGAUGCCUGCCCUUGCACCACCAGAAGUCAACAUGGAUGCCAUGUUGGCUGCUAAAUAUGAAGAAGAACUUAAGCAUGCACAAGAAACAGCUUUGCCUGAUGAAGACGAUGAUUUAUAAAUUCCGAUUUUAACACUGACACUUUUGAACAUUUUAAAAAGUUUCUUUGGCAGCACAGCUUGUAGUGAUUUACAGGACAGAGAUGAGUGGGACUGAAGUACUAUUAACAUGACCAGAGAUAUCUGCAGUAAAUGUUGACCGAGUUGAAAUGAAAAAAACAUAAUUGUGCUGUUAAAACUUAAAAAUUGAGUAAUUUACUUUAAUGUGAAAAGGAAGACUAGCAUAAAAAGGAAUUGCCAUUCUGAUACCUUUGUUGUGCUGUGCUUGUCUGGUCGACAUGUUCACAGAAUGCUUCCGACUCCCUGCUGGUGGACAUGUUCACUGGAGUCUUUCAGUGUGCUUUUAUUACAGGAAUUUGAGUCUAUGUCUAACCAGCAGCAACACUUUCUCAGGCUGUAUGGAUAUUUGUUUCUGUGUGUGGGUCUUGUGUGUAUCGGGCGUGUUUGAAGAGGAAGGCUGUUGAUACUAUGAAUUGACAUUGUUUACUAUAUUUACAUGCAAGUUCCUAUUCAGUGGUGCCACGUAUUUAAAAAUAAAAGUUACUUUCACUGUA